AUGUUUUACGCAAACGAUGUGCUAAGGGCGACGCAGAUUAUUAUGGAGGAGGAAGAGGAAGACGUCUCGUCUGAAAGUGUUAUUACCAGGCGACUACGGAUUAACAGAGACCGCCAAGAAGCGCACGAGAAAUUGGUGAACGAUUAUUUUUCAGAUACACCCCUUUACAACGCCGAGAUUUUCAGACGCAGGUUCCGAAUGAGUCGCCGGUUAUUCACACGCAUUGCUGAUGAUUUGGCGGGGCAAGACCCGUUUUUCACGCAACGACCCGAUGCUCGUGGUUAUGAAGAGUUCAGCACGUUACAAAUAUGUACUGCGGCCAUUCGUCAACUGGCGUACGGGAUAGUGGCCGACGCUUUGGACGAGUACUUACAGAUGUCGGCAAGAAGUACGCGGGAAUGUUUGUAUCGGUUUUGCCAUAAUGUGGUGAAACUGUAUAGCAAAAAGUAUUUGCGGAAACCAAACGCGUAUGAUGUUCAAUAG